UUGUGCAGAAGUUUCUGUUGGGAUCUAUUUUCCUGCUUUCAAUUUGACACAAAUGGAGUUGUUUGUCCCUGCAAUAAAAAAACAGGGAUCUUUAGUACAUCUAUCAAUAUUCAUUAUGGUUCAGCCUAUAAAGGGUGUAAGCCUUUUUUUUUUUCUUUCUUUCCUGUGUUCCAGUUUUUCCAUGUCGAAGAUAAUGGGGUUAACAUCCAUUUGGAUCUGUGUCGACGUUUAGUGAUUUAGUUGAGAUUUGGUUUGCGAAAGCAACAAAAAUGUAAUGUUUAGAAAUGUCUUGCUGAUAGUCAUAUACCAACCGAGAUGCUCGGUUGCUUUGAAUAAAUUUCUGAAGAAUUGUUUUGCAGAACUUGCCCUCUUUUAAUGAAUUUAAAAACUUGUUUUGCGGUUGCCAUUUAUGCUGGACCGUACGAUAUAAUGGUCACUCAUGUCAUUCUUUUAUCGUUUUUGGUGAUGUUGAUGUUGAAAUCUCAGUGAUAAGAUUUGUUUCAAAUUGGCGUGUUGGCAAAUGCUGGUGAACAGGGGAACCUUGCUUCAAAAGGGAUAUUUACACCGAUCUGUAUGUGUUGCAUAGCCUAAUUUUUUGUUAGGAAAGCUUGUGUUUUUUUAUGCUGCUUGGCGAGCAAGGAGUUUUUUGUUGAAGGGUUUUUGUGGGACUCGCAUUCCGGCCACGAUGAUCAGCAGGCAGCAUUUGUUGACCUAUAUUUACCUUCUAGUUUACAUCUUGCUUUCAUCAGGGGUUAUUUUGUACAACAAGUGGGUCCUCUCGACAAAGUACUUCAAUUUUCCAUAUCCAAUAACCCUCACUAUGAUUCAUAUGGGAUUUUCUGGCGCUGUUGCAUUCGUUCUCAUCCGUAUUUUCAAGGUUGUUUCACCUAUUAAAAUGACAUUCAAAAUAUAUGCAACAUGUGUCAUUCCUAUAAGUGCUUUCUUUGCAUCUAGUUUAUGGUUUGGCAACACUGCUUAUCUGUACAUUUCCGUGGCCUUCAUCCAGAUGCUUAAAGCCCUGAUGCCAGUGGCGACAUUCCUCACAGCAGUUGUCUGUGGCACUGAAAAAUUAAGGUUUGAUGUGUUCUUGAACAUGCUGCUGGUCAGUGUUGGAGUUGUCGUUUCUUCAUAUGGGGAAAUUCAUUUUAAUUUGCUGGGUACAGCUUAUCAAGCCAUGGGCAUGUUUGGUGAGGCUCUCAGGCUUGUCUUAACACAAGUUCUUCUUCAAAGAAAGGGCUUAACUCUAAAUCCUAUCACCAGCUUAUAUUACAUAGCACCUUGCAGCUUUAUCUUUUUGUUUGUUCCUUGGUAUUUUCUGGAGAAGCCUGUAAUGGAAGUUUCACAGCUUCAGUUCAAUUUUUGGAUAUUCUUCUCAAACGCACUUUGUGCUCUAGCUUUGAACUUCUCAAUUUUCUUAGUAAUUGGUAGAACUGGAGCUGUAACUAUCCGUGUUGCGGGAGUAUUGAAAGACUGGAUACUCAUUGCCCUUUCAACUGCUCUAUUUCCCGAGUCUAUGAUUACUAGUCUCAAUAUAAUUGGUUAUGCGAUAGCUCUCUGUGGUGUCAUCAUUUAUAAUUACUUGAAGGUCAGAGAUUCUCGUGCAUCUCAAUUUCCUCCUGAAAGUCUCCCAGAUAGAGCAGUAAAGGAGUUUAAGAUGGAGAGGAAAGAAUCUGAUGUAUAUGUCCCCGAUGACGAUGUAAACAACAACAACGGUGGAAGGAUUGGAUGGAAUGCUUCUAUUCCCGGUUCAGAAGUGGAUGAAGAAGCUACUUUAAUUCCUCCCUCGAAACUGUCACAUCUUGGGAGAAGCCAGCUUAGUAGCCAUACAUCUUAGAAGCAGAGGAAGAAUAGCAAGGAGCAUAUAUAGGAGGCUAUACUGAUUUAAUGUAAAGACUCAGUCUGAGGAAGUAGUCAAGGAGUGAUUUAUUGGUUGUGUUAUGUCAUAUAGGAGAAAAAUGAAGACAGAUGGAAGGAAAAUGGAGAGUGGACCAGAAUGACUCAUUUUUUCUUGUUUGGUAUGGAGGAAAAAGGGAAAGGAACAGACGUGUGGGAUGUGGAUUUUCUUUCCAGGUCAACCAAAUUUUAUUGCCUCGGAUGUGGAAAUCUAGAGGAAAAAUGAAAUGAGACAAAGAGAAGAUAGGUGCAAUGACCAUUUUUCUCCCCC